CAGCAGCCAAUAGCAGUACAAGCGUGACGUCACGUGGUUGGUUCCUCCAGCGUUUGACGUUCAAUGCGUGUGACCUGAGCAGUGGUACAGGGGUUUCUACAACGUGCUGCUUCAACCAUCACAUCUGUCAGAACUGUACUCUAUUUCAGUGUGGUUCACUGCAGCAGUAGAAGGAGCACCAUGGGCCGCCUGGAUGGGAAAGUGAUUGUGUUGUCAGCUGCUGCACAGGGGAUUGGACGUGCUGCUGCACUGGCAUUUGCGAAGGAAGGAGCUCAGGUCACAGCCACAGACAUCAACGGAGAGAAGCUGAAGGAACUGGAUGGCGUUCCAGGCAUCAAGACGAAGGUGGUGGACGUUACCAAGAAGGACCAAGUGGAAGCCCUGGCUAAGGAACAUGAGAACGUGGAUGUGCUGUUCAAUGUAGCCGGGUUUGUGCACCACGGCUCCAUCUUGGACUGUGAUGAAGCCGCCUGGGAUUUUUCCAUGAACUUGAAUGUCCGGAGCAUGUACCUCAUGUGCAAGGCCUUCCUGCCUAAGAUGUUGGCAAAGAAGUCAGGAAACAUUAUUAACAUGGCUUCGGUUGCCUCAAGCAUAAAAGGUGUUGUGAACCGAUGCGUGUAUUGUACCACCAAGGCUGCUGUGAUAGGGCUGACGAAAUCAAUAGCUGCAGAUUUCAUUCAGCAAGGAAUUCGCUGUAAUUGUGUUUGUCCUGGGACUGUUGAUACCCCAUCACUGAGGGGUAGAAUCCAGGCCCAACCUGAUCCAGAACAGGCUUAUAAGGAUUUCAUGGCACGACAGAAAACUGGCAGAAUGUGCACAGCGGAGGAGGUGGCCUACCUCUGCGUGUACUUGGCCUCCGAUGAGUCGGCCUACGUGACUGGGACGGAACAAAUCAUCGAUGGAGGAUGGAGUCUCUGAGAACAUUAAGGCAAAUUUAUCAAGACACAUUAUUAUUAGAUACAAUAAUUAUAAAAUCACUAAUCUUAAUAAAAUGGGAAGAGUUUGCAAUUAUUAGCUAUAAUUAAUUAUUAUAUAGCUGGAUAAACCUUUUAUUUAGUCCAUGAUGCAGAUUUGUGCAUGUUUUUUGUUGACGUGCUUUGUAAUAAACUGAUUAAAUCACAAAUACAAUGUAACAAACACUUGUUCAAAUAAAUGUGAACUCCAUUGCUUCUAUCAAUAAACGAUGUUGAGCAAC